AUGUCAACAUUCACAAUCCCGGGGUUAAACCUCAAUGUGAACAGCAUCCCAGACUUAACCCAAAAUGAUCUCCUCUCAUUCCCAGCCUUCAAAAUCUGGAUAAAAACCCUCCAACACUCGCUCGCGCGACAAAACAACCCCUCACACGAGUUCCACAGCGACCCAUACGUCCUGCGCAAAAUCGACAUCCAAAGCGUCGACCGCUUCGGUGGCGGCCGAUUAGGCUUCAUCAAACUAAAAGCCGAUGUUUCAAAUACCCAGGGCGAGACUUUGCCCGGCAGCGUAUUCCUGCGGGGUGGCAGUGUCGGGAUGUUACUCAUCCUUCAGCCGGAUGAUAUAACAUCCCCGACUGAAAAUGAUAAGCGCGCUAUCCUGACCAUCCAGCCCCGCAUUCCGGCGGGCUCGUUGGCGUUUCCGGAGAUUCCGGCUGGGAUGCUGGAUGAUAGUGGGACGUUUGCUGGGGGUGCGGCGAAGGAAAUUCAGGAGGAGACGGGGCUGAGGGUUGAGCAGGGGGAUUUGAUUGAUAUGACUUCGUUGGCGUUGCGGGCUGUGCAAGAUGAUCAUGGGGAGAGUUUACAGAAGGGUGUUUAUCCGUCGCCUGGUGGGAGUGAUGAGUUUAUUCCGUUGUUUUUGUGUGAGAAGACUAUGCCUAGGAAGGAGAUUGAGGAGUUACAGGGGAAGUUGACUGGGCUGCGGGAGCAUGGGGAGAAAAUUACGCUCAAGAUUGUUCCUUUGAAGGAUCUGUGGAAGGAGGGACUUAGGGAUGGGAAGACUUUGGCUGCUUGGGCUUUGUAUAAGGGGUUGAAGCAGGAUGGAUUACUUUGA